UUAAAGUGUCAUUGCUCUUGUACAAGUUAGACUCUCGCUCUGUACUAUUGAAUUUCAAGGCUCCAGUUGCCAUACUUGAACGUUUGCCUUGUUUGCUCAAAAUAUGGACUUCCAAUCUCUCUCAUUCUGGGUUCAGCUAUUCGCCAGUUGAAAGAAGACUCGUUAACAUAGCUUGGAUUAAGUAACAGACAUGGCUAAUUUACAUUUUGUUGUUGUUUUUUGGUUAUUAAUGACUCGGCCUCACAUCCUUACUAAUCUCUCUCACCACAGUAACAAAUUGAAAGAUCAGGAAAUGCUGUGGGCUGCUUCUUGCUUCGUUAUCUUGGCCGGCUUCCUUAUGGACUGCGUAUCUGCCCAUGUUGGUAAGCAAUGCAGAGAGGAACGGAGCAUAAAUGGAAUGGCUCUACAGGGAUUCGUCUUUAAAAAAUUAUUUGUCAGAGCCUUUCACGAGUGUGAUAUCAGCUGUGAAAGAGAUAUCACCUGUCAAAGCUGCAACUUCGUCGUAGGGGAAAAGUCGUGCGAGCUGAAUAACCGCACCAAGGAGGCAAGGCCGGAACAUUUCCGCUCAGACCCGGCACGGUUUUACAUGAGUCGCUUGAAGGAAAGGGCUCCAUUGGGUUCCAUUCCGGAACUCCCAGCGCAUUCGUGUCAUGAAAUAAAGGCAAGCGAAGGCAAAGACACCAGUAGCAGCAAGUACUGGCUGGAUCCAACUGCGAAUGGAACGGCAGUUUUGGUCUAUUGUGACAUGAACUUGGAAGAUGUCGAUGAAUGUAUUACCGACAACCAUGACUGUGACGUGAAUGCAAACUGCACCAACACAGUUAGCGGACAUAACUGUUCUUGUAAGGAAGGAUUUACUGGAGAUGGUCGCUCAUGUUCAGAUAUCGAUGAAUGCAAAGAAGGAAGUCAUGACUGUGGCGUGAAUGCAAUUUGCAUCAACACUGUCGGCGGACAUAACUGUUCUUGUAAGGAAGGAUUUGCCGGAGAUGGUCGCUCAUGUUUAGGUAAAAUGUCUUUCCGAGUAAAAAUUCAAGUCAUUGUAAUAAUUUAA